AUGUUCGCCCUCCGAAGAAUCAUCGCGCGCCCCAUGGUAACGCCCCUCAUGCGCAUCGCCACGCGCCCGAUGCACGCGACACCCCGUCGCUUCGCGUCAGCCGACCAACCCCCCAACAUGAGCGAGGUUGAAGCAAUGAUGAAUGACCCUCUCAUCCGCGACACCUUUGAGAAGCUGAGCCGUCAUCCCCCUGCCAUCGCGGCCAUGCAGAAGAUGGGAGAUGUCAUCAAGAGCAAGGGUCUUGAUACUUCUAAGCCUCCUAGCAAGAUGGAUCUUAUGAAGCUUAUGAUGGAUAAGGAGUUUCGGGAUGCGUCUACUGAGUUGACGACAGAGAUGCAGAAUGCCGGUGUUGAGAUCAACCCUGAUGUCUUCAUGAAGAUGGUCCAGGGCGAGAAAGGAAACUAA